CCCCCUUCUCCCAAACAUUGAAAGAAUAAGAGAGUGAGAAAGGGAUAAUGUCCGUCUCCCCCCGCGCCAGCAAAGAAGAAUUCAUGGCUGCAUUAGGCCUCUCGACACACGAUCCCCAACACGAGCAAUACUACCGCGCCAUGAGAGACGAAGCAAUCUCCACCUACAACCACCUCAACGAAUCCCCCAGCAACCUCCUAGACAAUUACAAAACCCUCAAACCGCCGUAUUUCUGGCACCACAUUCGUCCGGAGCGCCAGCGAUGGGGCAUAAAUGAGAUAGCGAGGAACGCGAGCCCCCUUACGAGACCGUUGUUUGCCCGUGGGAUGACUACGGGCGAGUAUGGGCCGAAUUGGGUGGCCGGGUGGUUGUUGUAUAGUGUUUUCAGGAGUAGGGAUGUGAGGAAUAAUCGGAAUAGGAGGAGGGGAGGAGUUGUUGUUGUUGGUGGUGUUCAGGGUGGGGAGGAAGGUAUGUAUAUUUUUUUCUAUUAA